AUGUGGGCGGAGCCUCAGCCAGGUCCGUCCAGGUGUGGGCCCAGCAGGCAGGGUUACUGUGGUUACUGCAGAGUCCUCUACAGCAGCUUGGACCAGCACCUGUCCAGUCUCAGACACCUGGAUUCUGUCCGGGGCUCCACCCGGGGCUCCACCCGGGGCUCCACCCGGGGCUCCAGCAGCGCCUCCCCAGCCGGCAGCAGAACCAAACUAACCCUGCUGGAGCGUUUCCUGCAGGACGUUCUGCAGCACCACCCGCACCUCUACAGCGACUCCAGGCCGUCUCACGCUGACCUCCCAGCAGUCUCCACCCCGCCGUUGCCGAGGGAGGAGCUUGAUGAAGUCCGUUUCCCUGACGACGGCAGCCGGUCGCCGUGCAGUCAGCCGUCCAAUCAGCCGUCCAAUCAGCAGGAAGAGGACGUCCCCUGCAGCCAAUCAACAGGCGGCAACACGGAUGGGGCGAGGCUGUCUGCACCAAUCAGAGAGCAGGAGGGAGGAGAGGCCCCGCCCCCGCACACUCAGGCCCCGCCCCCGCACACUCAGGCCCCGCCCCCGCACAGGAAAGCCCACAGGAAGACGGACAAGAGGAAAACCAGCGACGACUCCUCACCUGGUCCUGGUCCUGGUCCCCGGGGCCCCUCGGAGCUGAGACCCUGGAGUCCUGGUCCCGGGCCCCGGGGCCCCUCGGAGCUGAGACCCUGGAGUCCUGGUCCUGGUCCUGGUCCUGGUCUUGGGCCCCGGACCGCCUCAGAGCUGAGACCCUGGAGUCCCGGUCCCGGACUGACGGAGACUUACCACUUCAGUCCUCCGUCUCUGGAAACACCGAGUGAAGACUGGGACGCCCCUGUUCAGGUGUGUUUCCAAGGGGAGCAGACGCUGUGUGACACCCCGGUCCAGCUGAAGCAGGGGGGGCGGGAUCUCAGCCGUCUCAUGGAGGCCCAGGUGGACCAGGUGGACCAGGUGUAUUCCUACCAGCUGGCCUCGGCCCUCCACAGUGAGCAGAGGGAGGGGGGCCAGGAGGAGGUCUUACCUGUACCCAGGUAUAUCCCAGAAUCCUUCAGGAGGAAGUCCUGGGCCCAGGUGGAGCAGGAGGACGAGCUCCGGGUCCAGGACCUGGUCCGGCAGUUCAGACGAGGCCGGUUCGUCUGCUACUUCGACAGCGAGUCUCUGGCCAGGUACGGGAGGCGGAGCCGGAACAAAGGGGCGGGGUCAGAUGCCGGAGCCCUUCCCUUAUUGGACGAGGAUGACGGAGCCUCGGUGAGGAAGAGGAGGAAGAGGAGGAGCUUCAGAGUGGCGUCCAGGUGCCAGGUGGUCAAAGUGAGUCACAGCACUCAGACGGUGCAGCUGGUCAUCCCGGCUGUCCGUCAGCCAGAAGCCCCGCCCACCGGCAGCCCUCCGGCCUAUCAGCUGGCAGCAGAGAGGACGCCUGAUGCGCAGAGCUGGCUCCGCCUCCCGUCGUCCUACUGUGACAUCAUCACGCCGCUGCAGCCUCGCACCUCUCUGCUAUACCUGCUGUGCCCCGCCCCCACGCCUGGCCCCGCCCCCACACCUGAUCCCGCCCCCUCACCUGUCCCAAGCUCUGCCCCCAAACGCUGCAGGAGGAAGCGGCGUCCGCUGGACCUCCGGGGGUUAAAGGUCAAGUACAAACGUCUUCCUGUGCGUUUCUAUGAGCUGAGCAGUAAACGCAUCCUGUCCCGCCCCCCCGCCCCACCCCCACAUAUGGCCCCGCCCCCUCGCCUGGCCCCUCCCCCCGCCUGCGUCCGCCAGCUGUUCCGUAGUCUGAGUCCAGACCUGAACACCGAGGGGGGGGAGGGGGUCAAAGGUCAGAGGUUCCUGCUGAGCGCGCUCAGUAGAGACGCACAAGACACGCCCCCCGCCCCCCCCACCCAGGGGAGGGGGGGGCCCAGGACCAGAUCCAGGACUCAGACCAAACUCCCACAAACCAGAAGGGAAGGCCUGCGCCCCCAAACACACCCCCCCCCUUCAGCCCGCAGGGGGCGGAGCCGCAGGGGGCGGGGCUACGACCGGAGGUAG